CCGUCUAAAACCCCUGAUCCAAAGACAAAAAAGAUACUAUCGGAGUAACCAUGGGGCUGUGCGCGUCGAUGCUGCGACGGAGGGCCAAGCAGCGGCACCCGGAGCCGAGGCGCGGCACGCCGACGGCGCUAUUCGUCGUCAGGGGCGAGGGCGACCGCCGGCCGGAGGCGCUCGUGCUCCGGGUGCAGGACUCCGGCCGACCGCAGCUCCAGAAACCACCUGCUAAUGUGGCACCCAGAAGGCAGGAGAGAUGCAGCCGGCAGCAAGCCGCGGACGCGCCGGACAGGACGGUCCGUGCUCAGGCUCAGCCUCCUCGGUUGGGUAGUGCCAGUACCAGAAGCACCGCCGGGAUCGAGCCGGGUGCGCCGCUGUGCACGCGCAAGACGGCGACGGCCGGCCGAGGGGACCCGGUGAUGCAGGGGCGGUACGGGACGCCGUCGAUGGCACCACCGACGACAACGGCCUCGCCGCUGAUAGUGCCCGGGACGCCGGCGUCGGCGGCGAUGACGCCGGGGCGGCCGGUGUGGCAGAGGAGGAUACUGAUGGGGAUGCGGUGCGAGCUGCCGCGGUUCAGCGGCCUCCUGCUCUACGACGAGCACGGCCGGCCGAUGCACAUCGCCACCCCGGGCCGAAGGAACCACCGCCAGGGGAAGAAGAAGACUGCCACUGCCAGGACACCUUCCACGACAACUCUCAGGGACCUCCUAUAGUUAGUUUGUUUGUUGCGACCAGUUGACAGAGGCUGAAGGAAUACUCUGCUGUAAAACAGCAAACACAAGUCAUGUGAAU